AUGGUGAUUCCACCGGCAGUUAGACCACCACGCCUCUUCGACUACCUCAAACCUUACGUCCUGAAAAUGCACUUCACGAACAAGUUUGUUCACGCCCAAGUCAUCCACUCGCCGACAGCCACAGUGGCUUGCUCAGCUAGCUCGCAGGAGAAAGCAUUGAGGGAAACGAUGGACGUCACACGCGACGUGGCCGCUGCUUCAAAGAUCGGUAAGAUCCUUGGGGAAAGGCUCUUGAUGAAAGAUAUCCCAGCUGUUGCUAUCCACAUGAAGAAAGAGCAGAGGUACCAUGGUAAAGUCAAGGCCGUGAUCGAUUCCGUCAGGGAAGCUGGCGUCAAGUUACUCUGAGUAUUACAAUCCAAAAAAAAAAUCAAAUUCCAAUGUUGUUGAUUUCGGACAUUUGUUUGCUUCUUCAUCUUCAGGGUUUUGAAGAAACUUGUUCCAAAAGAGAAUGAAUGUUAAGCUUUGGCUAUUGAAAUAAUAGGACUAUAUAAUAUCAAAUUUCAUUUCUGAAUA